CUGUCCAAUAGGAAAGCGGCAGCACAGUAGAGGGGUUGCAGUGCGCUCGCGCUUCUCCGUGGCAGCUUCGGAAAUGUGGCGGAAACUCUUAGUCGCGCUCGCGCUCUUCCUGUGUUUGUACGGGACUCCGUCUCAUGGACAGAAGAAAAAAGAGACGAUGCUCUCUGAGAAGGUCGGCCAGAUGAUGGACUGGGCCUCAAAGAGAGCUGUGAUUCGGAUGAACGGAGAGAAGUUCAGGAGAUUUGUCCGAGCGCCUCCACGCAACUACUCCGUCAUCAUCAUGUUCACGGCGCUGCAGCCUCAGAGGCAGUGCGGAGUGUGCAGGCAGGCUGAUGAGGAAUACCAAAUCCUUGCAAAUUCCUGGCGUUACUCCAGCGCAUUUACCAACAAGAUUUUCUUUGCAAUGGUGGAUUUUGAUGAAGGUUCAGACGUGUUUCAAAUGCUUAACAUGAACUCGGCUCCCACAUUCAUCAUCUUCCCACCAAAAGGAAAGCCAAAGCGUGCAGACACCUACGAGCUGCAGGUUCGAGGCUUUGGGGCUGAACAACUUGCUCGCUGGGUUGCCGACAGAACCGAGGUUCAUAUCAGGGUGAUUCGACCGCCAAACUAUGCUGGGCCACUGAUGCUUGGCUUGCUCCUGGCCCUCAUUGGGAGUCUGGCGUAUGUGCGGCGCAAUAAUCUCGAGUUUCUGUGCAACAAAAACGUCUGGGCUUUCUCUGCACUGUGUUUUGUUUUAAUCAUGACAUCUGGCCAGAUGUGGAACCACAUUCGAGGACCUCCAUACGCUCACAAAAAUCCCAGCACGGGUCAAGUGAGCUACAUCCAUGGCAGCAGUCAAGCUCAAUUUGUGGCUGAGACACACAUCGUUCUUCUGUUCAACGCAGCCAUUACUUUUGGAAUGGUGCUUCUACACGAAGCGGCGACUUCUGACAUGGACAUCGGAAAGAGGAAAAUCAUGUGUGUGGCUGGAAUCGGGCUUGUGAUCCUAUUCUUCAGCUGGCUUUUGUCCAUUUUCAAGGCCAAAUACCACGGAUAUCCUUACAGUUUCUUGAUGAGUUAAAGAACAGACCUGGAGAAUAUUCCAGCUCCCCAGUGGAUGGUAGAAAGAAACCCCCCCUUUUUUUUUUUUUUUUUUUUUUUAAAGAACUUAUUUUUCGUCAAAUCCUUGCAGUUACAGUUCAACACAUGCCUUAAUGGUUCACAAUAAUGACGAGUUUCCUUAUGAUCUGAUAUCUUUAUAUCGUUUUGUGUUUUUGUUUUUGUUUUUUUAAUUUAAAGUAAAAAGAAUUUUUUUGAUUUGUGUUUUAAACAUUUUUAUUUUAGCAAAAGUGUGAGAAAACCCUGGACAGUAGAUUUGUGAUGGUUGUGUCGUUUUGUUGGUUAAUGCAGAUCACCUUCACUGGCUAUGCAGUUCUAAUGCUGAAGCUGAAAACUCCAGGUUAGAAGCGCACAUGAGGACGAGCACAACGUUUUCCACGCUACCUCUUGACUCGUGUGUGUUCGAAGUGUCCCAAAACCAAAACCAAGCAGUCUGUUAGAGUAACUGCCGUUCUCCAGAGUGGGCUCAGUGUGUGAUUGUUUUACUCCAUGUUGUUAGUUUCCUUAUAGCAUUAGAAUCUAGAUGCUCGAACCAGGAGCAGGUGUUUCAACCUUGCGAAUAUGCGAGAACAGCACUGUUUCCAUGGUGAUUUGUACAGAGUAUUUAUCUCAGAGCCGUGCGUAUCGGUCUCAUCAGUUUGCUGACCGGUCAGUCUACAGCACUGUUGGCUCGAGCCCCCAAAUCUGAAACAUACAAGCUGAUGACAGCAGGUGUUCCUGCAAGUGGAAGUGGACAAGAGCGUGUAACAGAGUAAUGGAGCACAGCCCCUGGUCCGUUCAUCAAGGAAACGACUCACACAUAUGCUAAAAGUCAAGGUGCUGCUCUGUGUAAUGCCUCAGGUGAUGCCACGUGUCAUUAAAAGUGCCUUAAUUUCCA